AUGCAUUUACGAACACCAUAUUCGUCUUUGAGACUCCUUGCCAUACUUACCUCUAUAUUACUUCCUCUACCUGGUCUUUCAAUAACCAGAUAUGAAAGACAUGUUAUGGAUUCCAGCGAACCUCCUGCAGAAGAAAUAAGUAUGACUGCAUUUGGUUGGAAAGUCACCAUUAUAACGACCCUGGUAUUAUUGGGUGGUGUAUUUGCCGGAUUAACAAUAGGUCUCAUGGGAUUAGAUGAGACGAAUCUGCAAGUACUAGUCGCUUCUGGAGCAACCCACGAACGGAAACAUGCCGCGAAAGUAUUGGGCCUUCUGCAACGAGGAAAACACUGGGUUCUUGUGACGUUGCUCUUGUCUAACGUCAUCGUUAAUGAGACCUUGCCUAUAAUCAUGGAUUCGGUGUUUGGCGGAGGAUGGCCCGCCAUCUUGAUAUCCACAGCGUUGAUUGUGCUGUUUGGAGAAAUAAUUCCGCAAGCUUUCUGUGUUCGACAUGGACUGGCCAUUGGAGCAAAUUGUGCAUGGUUUGUUCUGAUAUUGAUGUAUCUAUUGUAUCCGAUUGCUCGUCCAAUUGCGGAGUUAUUGGAUUAUUGCCUUGGUGAACAUCAUGGGACAAUAUACCGAAAGUCAGAAUUGAAGACCUUUGUUUCUCUGCAUAAGAAUGGAGGCAUUGAGAGUCUCAACGAAGAUGAAGUGACAAUGAUCGGUUCUGUGUUGGAACUCAGGGAUAAACCUGUCUCUUCAAUAAUGACCCCAUUAGAGAAUGUGUAUAUCUUGAGUGCCGACGAUAUUCUUGACCAGAAAACAGUAGAUGAGAUACUUUCCGCCGGAUAUUCUCGCAUACCUGUGUACGCACCGCCUAAUCCUACAAACUUCAUUGGAAUGCUUCUUGUGAAGAAGCUGAUUAGCUAUGAUUGUCAACACUCAUUUCCUGUUAGAGAUAUCCCUCUCAAUUCUUUACCAGAGACUGCGCCAAAUACAAGUUGUCUUGAAAUUUUAAAAUUCUUCCAAGAAGGCAGAAGUCACAUGGUUCUUGUCUCUGAGGAUCCGGGUGGCGAGGGCGCUGCUAUCGGUGUCGUUACUUUGGAAGAUGUUAUCGAGGAGUUGAUUGGAGAGCAAAUAAUUGAUGAAACAGACGUUUACGUUGAUGUUCGCAGUAAAAUCAAAGUUGUUCGACAACCACCACGACAAAUUCGUUCUCGUUUGUAUCCGUAUAUAUCAAAUGCGUUUGGUCCGACUAAUAAUUCAGCACAGUUUACGCAGACCCCACCAAUAAUUCAUCCAGAGACUGCAAAUCAACGCCAUGAUCGUAAGCCUAACGCUUAUCUUGACUCACGAUCUCGACCUCAGUACACUUAUUAUGCUAAGAAUAUACUGAACGCAUCGGCGCGGAAUAAGAAAUCAAGGCCUAUAUUGCCCAAAAAUUUCACGUCAGAAGAGUAUACCAAUAAACCAGAUAGCUAUGAUGCAACGGAUGACCACGGAUCUAAGUUGCAAUUUAACGGAAUGUAUGGAAGUAGCCAAGGCGAUAAUCUUAAUAAGGGGAGUAUCUAUACUGUGAUAAAAGAAGCGAGUUUUGGUGUUACUGAGAGAAGUCCUCUUCUUGAAAAUAGGUAA